CACGACGCAGGACGCACAAACAGGUCCAACCAAUAAUUUCUAUGGGGCCGGCAAGUUGCAUCAAUGGCUGAAAAGUUGCACUGAUAAUUAGCCGUCAUCCAUUUUUUUAAGCUAAAAGAGCUGCCAUGCAAUAAUUUUGCCUCUUCUGGACAGUGAUUGCUCGUCGUCCCCGGCAGCAGAUACACACGACGCCUAUCCAAGCCUCCGGCUUCAUUUCUUCCACCUUUCCCAUUUGCACACGGUAAGAGAACCACUUGUGCCUUCUUCAGCUGUCGUGUAAACGGACCAAAUUUGAUCCUCUUCCAUCCAUUUUCAGCCCAUAUGGAGUUAAUCCAACCUAUUGUUGACAUCAUCAAGCUUCUUUGGGAUCCCAUUGCCCACCGAGUCAAUUAUUUCGCCAAGAUAGAAGAGAACAUUGACAAUCUCAGAAACCAAGAGAGGGAAUUGAAAGACUUGACGGUUGACUUACGAAGGGAUGUGGAACGAGAAAAACUCGAGGGGAUGGUUCCAACGAAUGCAGUGCAAGGUUGGCUGCAGAGGGCAGAUGAGAUCAUCAAAAGUGCAGAAGAGAUGCAAGAAGAAUUCCGGUUGAACGAGAGGUGCUCCUACGGGUGGUGCCUUGAUUGUCGCUCUCGUUACAAGUUAGGAAAGCGUAUUGUCAAGGCAGCACAGUAUGUUCAGGAUCACAAGGCGCGGAAAAAUAGCUUUGGUGAAAUUGCUGCUCCUCCUCUGCAAGAAAGUGUGCAAGAGUUAGCUACAGCAACCAUCAGACAACGAACAUCAACAAUAGGCACCCUAUAUCAGGUAUGGAACUGGCUAAUGGAUACCAAGACUGGAAUAAUUGGAAUUUGGGGAAAGGGCGGUGUCGGAAAGACAACGCUGGUUAAGAAUAUCAAUAACAAACUUUGCGGGACUCGGCAAUUUGAGUUCGUCAUUUUCGUGACAGUAUUAAGAGACUGUAACAUGAAGAAGCUAAGGAAUGACAUUGGGAAGGAGAUAUACUUGGACUUAUCCGAGGAACAAGAUGAAACACGGGCCUCAAGAUUAUUGUUCAAUAAGUUGAAGGGGAAAAAGUUCCUUCUAAUUUUGGAUGAUAUGUGGGAGAAAGUAGAUCUGGAAAAGCUGGGAGUUCCUGCACCAAAAGAAAACGGCAGCUGCAAAGUUGUCAUAACCACUAGAAACAGAGGUGUCUGUAACGAUAUGGAGACAGAUAAAGAAAUCCUGGUGCAGGUUCUUUCCGACACGGAAGCAUGGGAAUUGUUUCAGGAAAAGGCAGGUAGUGUGAUUUCUUCUGAUCUCGAGCCCGUCGCACGAGAUGUGUGUAAGGAGUGCCAUGGUUUGCCACUGGCAAUAAUUGUGGUUGGUCGAGCAUUGAGGAAGGAGACUAAUGGAGAAGUCUGGAAAAAUGCUCUGCGGGUGCUUAAGACUUCACGGUUCGAGCUCAAAGGUAUGGAACGUGAAGUUUACCUGCCUCUGAAAUUUAGUUACAUUCACUUGAAAAAUGACUCGGAAAAUGAUAUUCUUCAAAAUUGCUUCCUGUAUUGUUCUCUAUUUCCUGAAGAUUAUCCAAUAAAAGUCAAUCGUUUAAUAGAAUACUGGACAAAUGAGGGGUUCAUAGAAGGGGUUGAGAGCUUGAAAGACGCUUCAGCAAAGGGACACUACGUAUUGAAAGAGCUCAUAGAUUCUUGUUUACUGGAAAUAGAUAAGGACGAGGAAAAUGCUGUGAAAAUGCACGACGUGAUCCGGGAUAUGGCAAUAAAAAUCACAUCAGAAAGCACAGAAAGAGGCAGGAGGUUCUUAGUACGAACCAGUUUGGGAUUAGAAGAUUGCCCACAAGUGGAGACGUGGGAAGUGAAGGACAGGAUCUCACUGAUGAAUAACAAUAUUCGAUUUUUACCGGAUGAACCAAAAUGCACUGAACUCUCUACCUUGGUACUCCGAGGGAAUGUAUUUCUCAAAGAAAUCCCACAAUCAUUUUUCAAGCAGAUGAAGAAUCUUCGUGUACUUGAUCUAUCCUGUACCCGUAUUGUGUCACUUCCACCCUCCAUUUCUGAACUAGGUAGCCUCCAAGCACUCAUUCUAAGAUUCUGUCGCUAUUUACAAAGUGUGGACCAUGCGGGCGGACUCAAGCAGCUCCAAUUGCUCGAUUUAAGCUGUACCGGAAUUGUAGGACUGCCACGUGAGAUUGAGCAGUUAACCAGGUUGCGCCGUCUGAAUCUAUCAGGCACCUUUCACCUUGCAUGCAUCCCGGUUGAUAUAAUAGUUUCACUGUCCCUCUUGGAAGAUCUAGAAAUGCGGCUAAGUUCCUUUAGCAGAAGUAAAGAGAGCAAAGCAUUUAUUGAGAAUGUAGGACACUUAAAUCACUUGACUCAUUUUACUGCUGACAUUCCAAAUGACCUUUGCACCAGCUCUCAAUUGGAGGAAUUCCUGCUUCGGGAUAAGCUGAAGAGUUUCCAUCUACGAAUUGUGGGUCGUGGCUUAAUUGUCCCACCGUUUUUGGUUGAACCUAAAAGAAGAGGUCGGUAUCUAGACAUCACAGCAAAAGCGAAUGUCAGGCGAGAAGCGGUUGGAUUACUUCAGCAUGCAGAAAUCUUAAAUCUCUAUUAUCACGAUGAGGUCCGAACAAUAUCCGCAAUGGGAGCACGUAAUUUGAAGCGGUUGAAAGAAUGUGAGGUCUGGCAAUGUCGUAAAAUGGAGAACGUCGUCAUCACGGAGGAGGCAGAAGAAGGAAUUUUGCCAGAACUAGAGAUCUUACGAUUGUUUUACCUUCCAAAUUUGAAGAGUAUAUGGGAGGGAAAUGGAACACCAGGAAGCUUUGGAAGAAUCAAGAAUAUUACCAUAAUCAACUGUGCCAACGUGAUGUAUCUCUUUUCAUCCAAUGUGCUACAGCUACUAAAUUCUCUAGAAAACUUGUGCAUUGAGACAUGCCCUUGGAUGGUAGAGAUUGUUAGGGGAGAAGUUGGAAAUGGAGUUAUUGCCCUUCCAAAGCUCAGGCGCAUCGUUCUUAAAGAACUACAGGAACUGAAUAGAAUGUGGGAGGGAGUUUUAUCCUUGGAAUCAUUGCAGGCAAUAGAAGUAACCUCGUGUCCCAGCUUAAGGCAGCUUGCCAUAGAUAUUGAGAAGACACCAGCAUUGGAAGUCAUUGAAGGUGAAAGUGAAUGGUGGAAUAGUUUGAAAUGGCAGAACGACAGCAACAUGUCCCAUUUUCAAAACAUAUUUAAAUUAGAAGAUCGUUUAGUAGUUCAAGAUGGAGAUACCUUCGACAAAUACUUCACACCAAAUUGUAAGCUAGGUCGGUUUUCAGAUUAACAUAAUCACCUCCACCGGACACAAUGAAAGUUUUGCGUGUGGAGUUGCCGAUCAACUAGUAAUCUCAACAAACAUAGCUGUUUUGCCUAUUCUAGGUUUUUCACUUUAUAUGCAUUCUUGAUGAGUUGAGAAGCUUUGUAUUGGACAAAUAUAGCUGCACAAGCCAUGUUCACAUUUACAUCAACAUGACCAAAGCCAACUUUGCAAAAAUCCAUGGUUUCAUUCAAAGUAACAUCAUAUUUCCAUCUUACGGACAAUCAAUGGUAUUGGCACAAGCUAUCCUCUAGGCUAAUGGGCAUUCUCAAUGAUGGCUAUGGACGCAUUAAGACAAACAGUUUGUCUACAAUAUUUCAGUUUUUUGGACAUCUCAACGAAGCUGUUAUACUUAAAAUGGGUAGGUACAUUUGCAGGCCAUAAUUCCCCAAUGUCAUCUGGAGCACAUGUUCUAGUCCAAAGGUUCCGGGUUUCAUCCUGACCAUUGUCCAAAGUGAAGCAGAACACGUGAUGCAGCUCCAAGUAUCCUUGUAAUAGAAAACAUUGCCACCCUGCAAGAUCUGUCCCUAAUUACUGCACUUGAUAUCAGCAGUCAAACAUUACGGAAUAGCACAUCAGGUGUUCCAAUGCAGCAGAGGAGUUGGUCUCAUGACAUAAAGAUGCAGAACAGCUAUAUCUGUUUUUACUUUAUUAUCUAUAUUUGUGGACUCUGUCAGUAAGUUUAGUUUACAAAAGUGAUAUCUGGUCAUGUAUUCCUUAAAAAAAAAAAAAUCUAUUCUUCUCUUAGUAAUAAACUUGAAAAUGCUUGU